AUGAUGGCGACAGCGCUUGAUCAACCCCUUUUCGAAUCCGUCGCGGGUCCUGCGACUGCUACCGCUUCGAUCACACCUCCCCAUAGCGCCAACGGCAAGAAAGAAGUUCCGGAUGGAGUUCCAUCUGAGCUGUCGGAUCUGGAGCUCGACCCCCAUGCCACCGGUGCUCCAGAGGUCGCAUCAGUAGAGGGCGAGGAAGAAGAACUCGAACCGGACCACUACUACGGUGGCGGCAAGAUCCCGGUGUUCAAGCCAACAAUGGAUCAAUUCCGUGAUUUCCAAUCAUUUAUCAAUAAAGUUGAAAAGUAUGGCAUGAGGUCAGGAAUUCUUAAGGUUAUCCCUCCUAAGGAAUGGCGUGAUUCUCUCCCAGCCCUCGACGAGGCCAUCAAGAAGAUUCGGGUGAAAAAUCCGAUUAUGCAGGAAUUCCACGGAUCGCACGGAACCUACACCCAGGCGAACAUUGAGCGACAAAGAUCAUACAAUCUGCCUCAGUGGAAAGGACUGUGCGAAGAGAGUAGCCAUCAGCCUCCUGCCCGCAGAGGUGAAAGGCGUCGGAAUCAGGAGCGAGUCGCUCGUACUGCCCCGUUGUCUCGGACCCAGACGACGCGAUCUGAUUCUCAGAAACGUCGCCCGGGGCCGGGCCGUCCGCCCAAACGAUCCAACCAGGUCAAGGUGAAAGAGGAGCCUUCAGAGGUGAAUCUUGAAAAGAUUAAGCCCGAGGGACCCCCUACCCCCGUCUCCCCUGAGUCUAACCCCGUUGAGACGAAGACAGAAGAACUGAGCGACGGCGAGUCUCUUCCCGCCCCUAAGCCAAAAGGCCGACAGCCUAAAUCGGUCACGUCGCGUAGAAAACAUAACAAAGGCGACGCGAUUGACUAUGUGGAUGAGGAGGCUUUUAAAGACUUUGACUACCGCAUUCAUGACAGCGAAGAAUACACGCCGGAGAGGUGCGAGGAGCUUGAAACUGCCUACUGGAAAUCCUUGAUGUUCAACAAUCCUAUGUAUGGCGCCGAUAUGCCUGGAUCCCUUUUCGACGAGAAUAUCACAACUUCCUGGAAUGUCGCUAAGUUGCCAAAUUUGUUGGAUGUUCUUGGGCAGAAAGUACCUGGAGUCAACACUGCGUACCUCUACUUGGGCAUGUGGAAAGCAACUUUUGCCUGGCACUUGGAAGAUGUUGAUCUAUACAGUAUCAACUAUAUCCAUUUUGGUGCACCCAAACAGUGGUACAGCAUUUCACAAGAAGAUGCUCCCCGAUUUGAACAGGCCAUGAAGAGCAUCUGGCCUAGUGACGCGAAAAAUUGCGACCAGUUCCUUCGUCAUAAGACUUACCUCGUUUCUCCCAAUCUCCUCAAGUCUCAAUAUGGUAUCACUGUCAACAGACUCGUCCAUUACGAGGGCGAGUUUGUGAUCACAUAUCCCUACGGAUAUCACUCAGGUUACAAUCUAGGCUACAACUGUGCCGAGUCGGUCAAUUUUGCGACCGAGAAAUGGAUGGAGUACGGUCGCGUCGCUAAGAAGUGCCACUGCGAGGCUGACAGUGUCUGGAUCGAUGUCGAUGAGAUUGAGCGUAAGCUGCGCGGCGAAUCGACACCAGAAUACUAUGGUGAAUUCGAGAGUGACCUGGAUGAAAUGGAGGGUGCCUCCGACCUCCUUACGCCCCCACGAAGUGUUCCAGAGAAGGGUACUCGUGGCCGAAAACGAAAGCAUGACGGUGAUUUGACGAAGACGAAACGCAUGCGAGCCAACGUUGAGGUCCCGCGGAAGGUUCCUUGCGUUCUGUGCCCUAACAACCUGGAUUAUGAAGACCUUUUGCCUACUGAAGAUGGGAAAAACCACGCCCAUCGACGCUGUGCGCUGUAUACUGAAGAGACCAGUAUUCUUCGCGAUGAGACUGGCAAGGAGGUGGUGUGUGACAUUGACAAAAUUCCCAAGGCUCGCAUGGGCCUCAAGUGCCUGUUCUGUCGCGAGGUGCGAGGUGCUUGUUUCCAGUGCAAUUUCGGCAAAUGCACACGAUCAUACCAUGCCACCUGUGCACUUUUGGCCGGAGUCCAGGUGGAGCAGGGUGAGAUUGCCGUGAUCGCGGACGACGGUAAUCAUUACUCAAUCCCUAGUGUCGACCUCAAAUGUAAGUAUCACCGCCAGAAGAAGCCAAGCUGGAUGACAAGCGGGGACUCGCCCGAUCAUGACCGCAAGCUCAUCGGAACGGCCCAACGGAUGGUGGCUGGGGAUUUGGUGCAAUUUCAAGCGGACAAGGAGAUCAAUGGAGCAGUUGUUCUGCAGAAUCGACCUGAGGAACGGACAUUGUUGGUGAAAGUUCUUCCUCGAGGAGACGUAAUUGAGUUACCAUACCGGUGGAUGUUGGUGGUACGGCGGAGCAACUUCUCUCCCUUGGCUCCAGGAACAAAACCACUCCCUGCCCACUUAGCCCGGAAACCCGAGGGCCGGAAAGAGUUUGAAUCGGCCCUGCCAGUGGUUGGCAAUCCAUUUGGCGAUGGGCGAUCUCCGUAUCAGUGGGCCGAGUUCGAGACUGUCGACACGACUAAUCACCGCUUUGCCCCACCACCGGUGCAGGUGAGCUUGAACAAAGGUGACCAGAUCUGGUAUUAUCUGGGCCAGUCAUCCACCGAAUGUAGGGCUCAGUAUACGCACAACCCUAGCGUGCCCGUCCACAACCCGCGGUCGAAUUUCCUGGACAGCGUGAAGUCCCUUGGCGCCGUGAUGGCCCGUCUCCCCUCUUACCCCCACCGCCAUCUCCCUCAGUAUGCUGCUGCCCCUCCUCACCACCUUUUACCUGCUGCUGCUGCUGCUGCCGCCGCCACCACUGCCGCUGCUGCCUCCCGCCCUUCCCUGCUGCAGCGACCUCCUCUUGCCCCUCCUCGUCCUCCUUCCUCUGCCCCUUCUGCCGUUACUGCGAUGCCGUCAGCCUAUCGGUCCUUGCCCACUCAAUCUGCCCGCCAUGCUCCGUACCCUCAGAUUGCCAAGACACAUCAUCAGUCACACCACCUGUCUCAGCAGCAAUACAGUCCGCCGCAACAACAACAACAAUCACAGCAGCAGCAGCACAGCCACCAUCUUCCCGCGAAUACCUUUGCCAAUGUUCGGGAGCUCAUUGCUCGCCGCCGUUUGGCCCAGAUUACCGAUCAUGCCAAUGUCUUCGCCGGGUAUACUAUCGUCAGCCCGGAGCUAGUCGUCGAGACGCUCCUGGGUCCCAUGGGCUCCGUGCCGCCGCCCAGUGGCCUCGAGAAGCUGGAACUCGCCAUGGCUCAACAACGGGUCCAACCUCGCGCUCCCGACGGAACUUUGUUACCGCUACAACCCCUUAAUAUGCGAUCUGAGGAGGUGACCCGCCUGUUGCAGAUGCUCCGGUUUUCCCUCGUCAGUCACCGCGAUCGGCUAGAUGUGCUGCAGAAGAAGGAGACGGAAAAUAAUAAGCAGGAGAGUGCUCAAAAGGGUAGCGUCGCUGCCACCAAGUUGCCUCGCAAGUACGCGUACUUGGAGCAACAGCGUGAACAGACGCCGACCGUCUACCAGUCCCCGUAUGACAUGCCUUCUGGGUUUACUGAAUAUGCCCAGAAGACGUUUGGGUUGACUCCUUGCGAGCCGGAGCUACCUAAGCCCUCCCUGGCUAAUGACUACUUCGCUAGUCUUUCCCCGGAGGACCAAGAAAAAGUCUUGAAAACAUGUGGCAGUUUUGUGCAAAGGGCCAUCGAACGGUCCACGACGCACAGCCGUCAAAGUUCGGCAUCCAACCUCCGACUCGCAUCGGCGCUCGCUCAACAAACGGAGAAUCCAACGAUUGACAUAACCACUGUCGAGGAUAUGCCACUGUCGAAUCUGGACUUCCCCCUGCAUGCGGAUUCUCCAUGCUCAAGUUUCAGUCGGUCGCAUCUGCGUUUCCAAUCACCCAACGAGUUUGCCGGUCAUGGGACAGAAGUCCACCACGAUCAUCACGAUUUGUUUGGUGACCAACAGGCCAAUACGCGGUUUUGGCAGCAUGGACCUUGGGCUGCAGGCGAUGGGAACACGCCCAACGAAGAAACUCGACCGUUCUUCGGACCCCACGAACGUCUGAAGCACGAUUAUGCAUCGUCCGACAUCUCUUUGGGACGAGGACCCGGCUCAUUGCAUUCCGUGGACAUGGCCGGGUUCGGAAUGGACGCCACGGACGAUAUCUGCGCCGUGCUUAGUCCCUGA